CUCGCUACACUUUGUUUACAGCGUAUUAUUUUUCGUGUUAUUUCUAUGUUUUUCUAGCAACCGUACCGAGCGGACGUGUUCGCGGUGCGAAAGUCUUGGUCCGCGAGUGUUAUUUUACAGCAUCCCCUCCUUCUUUUUAUUAGUUUCUUUUAAACAAAGAUCCUCGCACUUUGCGAUGUAAAGAGGUGUGUUCUUUUAGUGGUACAUCUUCCAAGUGUGUGUGUCCGUGCGUGUGCGUGUGUCUGUGCAGUUUGUGCGCACGUGUGUGUGUGCAGUCUGUGUCCGUGGGUGCAUAGUGGCGAGAGCAUAAAGGACACACGGCACGGUCAGUGGAGUGAAUUUAUCGUCCCACUAGAUGUCAAGGGUUGCUGUGAGCGGUGCUAUUGCAAAGCAUGAAGUACCAGCUCGGUAGCGGCUAGUCGAAGGAGCCAAAAGGUCGUACGUGUGCGUGUGUGUGUGUGUUUUAAAUCGAUCGCGUAGGCCGCGUGUGUGUGUCCGUGUCUCUGCUGGAGCUGUCCUAUCCCUUCCCGGGUCUGUCUCCUUUGCCCGUGAGUCUAUCUCCUGCUGUGUGUGAAAAGCGAUAAUCAAUCUGUGCGGAAACCCCUUGGAUCUUGGCCUCUCACUGUGUGUUUACGCGCACCCAUCCCAAAAACCAAACCGACACGAUGGCGCGGCUUACGGAGGAAAUGGUCAUUGCACGGUCGAAGCAGUCCGAUCUGGCCGCAAUCAAGAAGCUGAACUGCUGGGGCAGCGAACUGAGCGACGUCUCCAUCAUCAGACGCAUGCGUGGAGUGGAAGUGCUUGCCUUCAGUGUUAAUCGAAUCAGUACACUAGCGGAUUUCGAAAACUGUAUAAAUCUACAGGAGUUGUACCUCAGGAAAAACAAUCUGACCGACAUCGACGAGCUGGUGUAUCUGCAGAAUCUUCCCAAACUGAAAUUCCUUUGGCUGGAGGAGAACCCGCUGGUCGAGCAUGCCGGGCCGGGCUACCGGCAGAUCGUGCUGCGCGCCCUGCCCAACCUCAAGAAGCUCGACAACGUGGACGUGUCGCCGGAGGAGGUGGCCGAAGCGAUGCGGGCGCCGGUCGCCCAACCGCAGCAACGGCACGAGGUGUACGAAAAUCCUUCGCCGCCCCCGCCGGUGCAGCAUCAGCAAACGUCGCCACAGCAGCAGCAGCAACAGUACCGUCAGCAGAGCCCCGUCAUUGAGCAGAUGAGCCCGGAAAAUACGGAAUCCGAGUGCAUCAGCGAUCCGGCCGAUCGGGCGUCGAUCCCAUCCUCACCGUUGCAGCGAAGCCCCCCGAACAGGGACUGCUAUUCACCACCGUCCCAGGCACAGAAUUCGCAUGCUUCCUCGCACUACAACACGAACAAUCACCGCGGUUCCUACCAGCAGUACGAUCGAUCGCCGGGCUCGGACCAGGACAGCCCGGUGUCGGGUUACCGAGAACGGGUCCCGAUUGCACCCAGCAUGUCAACGCACUCGAUGAAGGAAUACUAUCAGUCGGAUUAUCAGCGCCAGAAUCCUCCCGCCCACUACCGGCACAGUCAGAUGGAUCUAACCGAGUGGGACGAGUCUUCCCAGGCCGCACACCACCAGAACAACAACAACAACGGUGGCCAGAAUUCAUCCAACAGUCAUCAUCAGCAACAGCAGCAACAGCAACAGCAGCAUCACGGCCAGUCAAACUAUCAGCAGAACCGACGUAGCAUCGCCGGAAGUACGGUGAACGAGCGGGAACUGUACCAGUACCGGAACGGCAAUGGCAAGGGACCGGAAUCACGCGACGAAUGGGAGGAUGUUGAUCGGCGAAGGAACGAAAACAGGAGAUCCGACUCUCGGUUCAACGAUAGUGCAAGUGUAAUCUCCAACGCACUGCUGAAUCACUUUGCCGGCGUUCAUCGGAGGCCCGUCAGUAGGAACUCCAACCUACUGUCCGCCACCCUCUGCCUGGUGAAGGAGCUCGACUAUCCGAGCCUCGAGGUGGUGGAGCAUGCGGUACGAUGUCGCAUCGAUGAGCUGGCCGAGUAGAGCGGGCAAAUCGGCAGCAUCCGUUGCAGCAUCGCGUGCUUAAUGUGCUUCAGUUCAUUCAGCUUACGUGCUCGAAUAGGAAGUAAAUGUGUUCGCUAAUCGGUUUUUAACAUGUAUACCGUUCGGAUUUACCACAAUUGAUGCUGCUACCUUCCUUGCCUGGCGCACGAGAAGGAAAAGCCUAAACAGGAGGGAUUGGGUUGUUCAAGUUUCCUUCUCCAACCGGUUGCAAAUCAUACAGUGUCAUUCCACUCUCAUAAGCAAAUGUGUGCUUGUGUGUAAAGUCUUCCGUCACAGGAAAAAAAGGAAGUUGCGGCAUGGCGCCUAGGAGAACUAAACCAGCAGAGAGCGAAACUCUUUCGCCGUUCAAUUUACAUCACGUUCGUUGCAAGUGUUUAAACUUAUACCACUGUACACAAGACACUGUUUCGUACACUGGUACAUUUAAUCUUUUCGUCUGCCCGUUUCAACAACUCGUCAAAACAACUCGUUCUGAAAGCAAUAACUCAACUAGGGUAAUCUAAGAAUGGGGAGAUUCUUUGCAAAGCGAACUACUCACAAUAACUUUGUACUAAUGGGAUGUGAUGACAAAAAAAACAAAUGGCAGGAAACAUAGGAAGAUAAUUCUACCUUUCUCUUUUUUGUUUGACGGCUGAGCACGGCGCCACCCAUCCGGAGUCGUCGUCCGUGAGAAGAUUGAGCAUGAUGUACGCGUGUUCUUUUUGUACGAGUAUACCCAGAGUAGGAAAAAAAGACUUAAUAAUAUAAAUGUAACGAAACAAUAUAACCUUAGCGGGGAGGAGGGCGAAAGGGCGAACCAGGGGGUAUCUGCAAAUCCGUGUGAGUGCGGGAGUGUGGACGAACGGACAGUGUGAGAAGGAAUGGCAGAGAAGAUGCGCCGGGAGCACAAUUUGCCAAUUAAAAAAACAAACGAGUAGAACAACGGUAGUUUAAACUUGUAGCUGCAAAAACUUAUAACAACAAACAGCAACUAGUAGACACAAUAUGAAAAUUUAUGAAAAAACGCUGUAAAAUAACCUCACACACACACACACCUAGCGACCGAAAGGUAAAAGGAAUGAUUAUGGGGUACGAUAAAAUCGAUCGACAGCUCCAUUCUCAAUUUUGUUUCUGUUACUUAAGCUAGCCUAUACUAUCAUCAAAUGCACCAGAAUGCGCGUCAAAUAAUGAAUGCUUUAGCUUGUUGCCUUCUUAAGUUAAUUGUAUGGUUAGGGUGAGAGUAGGGGUAGUAAGAUCAAGGGAAAUUGGGAAUGCGUUUGUAUGUGUGUGUUAAUAAUGUUAAUAGGAAAAAAGGAAGGCAGGUUUUUUAUAGGUAGGAAAAUGUCGAUUUCGACACGUCGAGAAGGGAACGAAUUGCAUUUUAUUGGAUCGGUCAGAGAGCAGAGGAGGGAAAGAGAGAGAGAAAGUAAGUGAGAUAGAGGGAAGGAAAAGCUCCCAGUUAACGGUUGAGUGUGUGGAUGUACUCCCCUUACCGUAUUUGUUUUCAGUUAAAGCGUACUCCCUAGCAUAGCAAAGUCGAGAAGGCAGUACAAAUUUCGUUAGAGGAGCACAGGGCCACAGGACCCUUUGCUCCAUCCACGUCAUUAUAGCCUUAGCAUUAGUACGGAAGUGUUCAAAACGGUAAGCCAGCAGCACUCGGGACAGUGUGGUUUUUUUUCGCCGAGUUCUCUAACCCGGCCUGGUCGGUAAGGAAUGAUAAGGCGUAUUUAACCUGAUUCAAUCAAGCAAUUCAACCGUCAUCCGUCCUCGUGUCCAAUGGCUAUCGCGUGCAAUCAGAAACGCCCAGGCAUUCAAGCCACCCGGCAACUGUCCAUAGAAUGGAAAGCUUUCGUUUAUUUUUUUUUAAAUAUAUUAUUCAAAAAGCAUUAAUACCGAGCCAACAAAAUUA